AUGGCCGCCUCCUGUUCAGAGACUAGCCCCCUUGGGUUUGCUGAAGAAGUCUUUUCCACGAAGAACUAUGAUCACUUCGAGGAAUGCAACUUACGAAAUGAAAAUCUGUUCCCUAUUGACAAAUUCAAUAUGCUUCGAUCACGCACACCCGCAGCGCUUAGGACAUACAAGCUCAUCGAACCGGCACUUUUGCUUAUCUCUCGAAUGAUUCUUGAUCGUCCUUCCACUCUCGCCAUAUUUGCUCGACGGCGAGAUAUUGGUGCCCAAGACGUUUUCGUGGAUACAGAUGCAGAACUUCCCCUACCAAAUGAAGAAAUUAUCAACCUGGUUCGAAAACAUAUCCCAAAUAUCGAACUAGAUCCGGACAUGAGUAAAAACUCCUCAUUAUAUGGAGAAACAACACUCCGCCGUGAAUCAUCCUCGGAUAUGGUCACGUUGGAUUACAGCCUUGUCCAAUUGUUGAAAUCACAAUCCACGACCCAAUCACAGAAAAUGGCAGGGCUUCUCUUACUCGCUACAGUACUAGGCCAUGAGAUGGCUCAUAUCUUAGAAUUCCGCUGCAUCCGUGCAUGCAAAUUCCGCGCUGACGAUGAACCUUUUGAUACACCACCGGGUAUCACAUGCCGUGAGGCCGGCACGGCUUGGGAGGUGAGAUCCUUUGGUGGUCGAAUCUAUCCAGUCUGCCAGCCAGACGGCAGUCUGUACAACAUUCGAGGCUUAUGCCUCAAGAGCGCAUCUUGGAAUUUUGAUGUUAUGAAGAUGAACGAAGAGUGGAUCUUGAAGCUCUUUACCGAGGCCCAUUGGAAGCAGGAGCAGCCAUUGAAAGUUCCAAUUGAUGCAUUUGCUAGAUAUGCAUUUUUAGAGGAUGACCUUUUAGAGGACCAAGUGAACGCCUCAAUCAAAAGAAAGACCAUGCUGGAUGAUGUGCGGGCUGAAACGGGCAGCCCAAGAAAGAGAAGGUUCCGUAGGUCGCUUGGUCUUACCAACAUCUGCGGGGGCAAGAAAGCCCAGCCCAGGCUAGAUUCGUGA